CGACGGGCGGGCAACGACACGUCGCGAUGCCCCGCGCCUCCGAGGCGCAGAAGGCCGAUCGACGAGGCGAUGUGCUCCCGAUGCGCGCGUCAUCCGACGAUGGCUACGCCUUGGACAACACGCAGGAGCUCACGUUCGUGGACAAGGCCAAGCGAUGGAUCGAUGACAACUCCGUUGAGGUCAACGCCGCCCUCAACGUCCUGAUCGUGGGCUCCGUCGCCUUCGGCGCCAUCUUCCAGAUAGUCGAGGUGGACAGCGACAUCUCCACGGGGUGGACCGCGUGGGAGAUCCUCAGGAACAUACCGAGGGACAACCUGGAGGCGUAUCAGCAGUCAGUUUUCGAUAACCCGCUGCCAACGAAGGCGCUCACGUCCGGCGUGGCGUACACCCUCGGCGACUUCACGUGCCAGCUGUCUCAGGGCAAGAAGAUCACCACCGUGGACCUGAAGCGGUCGCUCCGCUCGGGCAUUGCGGGUUUUCUCAUACACGGCCCGCUGUGCCACUACUGGCUGAUGUGGACCGAGGAGAACCUGAGCUUCGACGGCGCGCUGUGGGCCAUCCCGGUGAAGGUGUUCGCCGAUCAGACCGCGUGGAGCCUGUUCCUCAACAGCGCCUACACCACGUGCAUCAUGAGCCUUCAGGGCAUGGGACCCGAGCGGAUCAAGGGCGAGAUUCAGGCUACGUGGUGGAACGCCAUCACCGCGGGUUGGAGGUUCUGGCCGUUCGUCCACAUGCUCACCUUCUCCCCAAUCAUACCCCAAGACUUCAAGCUGUUAUUCGUCGACUGCGUGGAGGUGGUGUGGGUCACCAUCCUGUCCGCGGCGGUGAACAGGGACUCCGAGAAGGCGCUGCAGGUGCCGCUCAACGCCGAGGCGGAGCGGCCGGGGGUGCAGCUCACGGAGCAGAUGGACUCGCAGUUCGCGUCCGUGGUGGACGGCGUGGAGACCCAGUUCGACCCGGCGAAGUUGCCCUCGAACGUCUCUGGGUCGUUCGAGGAGUUACCCGCGGGGGACACCUGCCUCAUCGGCGUGGCCUCAUUCGACGAUAACCCCAGGAGCGCGUGGCCGAGGCGAUCGGCGUGGCCGGCGCGGAGCGCGUGGCCCCGCGUCCCGGAGAGCUUCGACUCCGGGGACUUCAUCGAGGCGGCGGUGGAGGAGAGGGAGAAGGCGGACGUCGUAUGAGUCCACGGGUCGGGUCGGUCGGAGUGCGAGCGCGCGUGCGUGUUUUAUUAUGUCCAUUGUUUUCCGGGCUUUGUCCCGUUGUACGAGUAACAAAGGUUCAGCAAGCUAUCGUAA